UUAAAUUGAAAUUAAAAAAUAUUUAGUUAUAAAAAUAAGUAUUCUUUAGGAGAUUUAGUAAGGUUUAUAUGAAGCUCAUAAAGAAGAAUAUUGCUAGGGAUUCUUCUGGAACAGUUAUUUUAUAUCCCGAAGAACCUGAGGAUAUGUGGCACACAUAUAAUCUAAUACAAGAGGGAGAUCGUGUUAAGUCUUUUACUGUUAGACGUAUACAAAAUGAAUCAUCUAUAGGAUCUAUAACAUCUGAAAGAGGGAGAUUCAUAUAAUAUUAAUUACUUAUUUAUAACUUUUUUUAGUGAAAUUAACAUUAGAAUUGAUUGCAAAAAAAAUAGACUUUGAUUCUCAAGUAUCUCAAGUACAUAUAAAUGGUACAGUUUCAGAGGAAAAAAAAUAUAUUAAGAUGGGAUCUUAUCAUACAUUAGAUCUAAAACUUCAUAGCAAUUUUACAUUAACAAAACAAGAAUGGGAUAGUAUAGCAUUAGAAAGAUUAGAUGAAGCAUGUGAUCCUAAUAAAAGAGCAGAAAUAGGAGCGGUUGUAUUACAAGAAGGAUUAGCAAAUGUAUGUUUAAUUACAGAAUAUAUGACAAUCUUACGGCAACGGAUUGAAAUUCAAAUACCUCGAAAGCGCAAAGACAAUGCUUCAGAUUAUCAAAAGGGUAUAAACAAAUUUUGUGAGACAGUAAUGCAAGCAAUCUUACGAUCAUUUGAUUUUACAAAUUUAAAAGUAGUAUUAGUAGCAUCUCCGGGAUUUAUAAGUGAAACAUUAAUAAAAUAUAUAUUUGAUGAAGCAGUUAAAACCGAUAAUAAAACACUUUUACAGUCACGUUCUAAAUUUCUUCGACUACAUUGUUCUAGUGGGCAUAUGCAUUCAUUAGAUGAAGUUUUAAAAUCACCAAACAUAUCAACAAAGUUAGCAGAUACAAAAUUUGUUCAAGAAACAACAGCAUUAGAUAGAUUUUACAAAAUAUUACACAAUGAUGAAGAAAAAGCAUGGUAUGGUAUUAAAGAAGUAUCUUGGGCAAUAGAAUGUAAAGCUGUUGAAACUCUUUUAAUUUCAGACAUGCUUUUUAGAAGUAAUAAUAUUAAUGAGAGACAAUAUUAUGUAAAAUUAGUAGAAACAGUAAAACAAUAUGGAGGAAAAGUAUUAAUAUUUUCAAGUUUACAUGAAUCAGGGAUUCAACUCAAUCAAUUAACGGGAAUUGCUGCAAUUUUAACUUUCCCAAUAAAUAUGGUUAAAAAUAAUGAAUAAAAAAUCUAUCAACGUCUUGUUUGAAGGUACCAAACAUAUUGUCCAUUUCGAUAUCGUAAAAUAUCUUGUAAGACUCCAUUAAUCAAACCAAGAGAGCUUGUUAAAUAAAAAAUACGAAGUGUCAUUGUGUAAGAAAAUUGAUGUACAUAAGAAAAUAUUAACCCGCUUAAUACAGACGCAAGUACCGUAUUUCCUGCAUCUAUACAUUUACGAACAUAAUCUAAUAUAUACUCCAUACCGAGAUAAAUAUUCACCCAUAAAGAAGUUCGAAAUGCAUAUUUUAAACCCACUUUUAUGCCACCCAACAUAACACUAAAUUUUAAAUAUAUAAAUUAAAAAAAUAAAUUAGAAAUGUUACUAAUAAUUUUUUGUUUUAUGAUAAAAAUACCAUCCUUGAACAGUUUGGGGUAAACGAUGUGCAUUUUCUACAAGGAACUGCUUGCCAUUAAUUAUUAAUAAUAAAAGCUAAAAUAAAAAACAUACACGAAGCCCACUUUUUUUACCUCCUACGAUUGAACCUAAAGUAAAAGAUAAAAAGGAACUAACAGAUGUAUAAAGAAUAAGUCGUGAUAUGAGUGGUAAAUUUAAACGAUCGUCAUUCAUAUAAAUCAAGAUUUCUUUAAAAAAUGUGGAUAUUAAAAGCGAAACAACAAAAAACAACGGUUUUUCUAACGGCAAAGCCGAAUGACUCUUUAAAAACAUUAAAACAGGAAUUACGAAAAGCACU